AGUGAACACCUAUGCACUCUCAGAGGACAUGGAUUAACUUUGCUUCAAACUUGAAUAUAUUCAAAAAUUAGUUUUAGUUUUGUUAGUUAAGGGAAGAGGCAGCGAGUCACAGAAUGACAGUGGGAAAUAACGGCUAGAGAAAUUUCAAAUCGAGUUUACUGCAGAAAAUCUGAGAUGGCAAAUCCUGAGGUGGUGGUAAGCAGCUGCAGUUCUCACCAGGAUGAAAGUCCCUGCACUUUCUACCCGAGCUCAUCCCAGUCCGAGCAGCUUCUCUUAGAAGACCAGAUGAGGCGGAAACUCAAAUUCUUUUUUAUGAAUCCUUGCGAGAAGUUCUGGGCUCGGGGUAGGAAGCCAUGGAAACUUGCCAUACAGAUUCUGAAAAUCGCUAUGGUGACUAUCCAGCUGGUUCUGUUUGGACUAAGUAACCAGAUGGUAGUAGCUUUCAAGGAAGAGAACACGAUAGCCUUCAAACACCUCUUCCUGAAAGGCUACAUGGAUCGAAUGGACGACACAUACGCGGUGUACACUCAGAAUGAUGUGUACGACCAGAUCAUCUUUGCAGUGACCCGGUACUUGCAACUUCGAAACAUCUCCGUCGGCAACCACGCUUAUGAGAACAAGGGGACUAAGCAGUCAGCGAUGGCAGUCUGUCAGCACUUCUACAGGCAAGGCACCAUCUGCCCCGGGAACGAUACCUUCGACAUCGAUCCAGAAGUCGAAACAGACUGUUUCCUUAUAGAGCCAGAGGAAGCUUUCCACGUGGGAACACCUGGAGAAAACAAACUCAACCUGACCCUGGACUUCCACAGACUUCUGACAGUGGAGCUCCAAUUUAAGCUCAAAGCCAUCAACCUGCAGACAGUUCGCCACCAGGAGCUUCCUGACUGUUACGACUUUACCCUGACUAUAACAUUCGACAACAAGGCACACAGUGGAAGAAUCAAAAUAAGUUUAGACAACGACAUUUCUAUCAGAGAAUGCAAAGAUUGGCACGUGUCUGGAUCAAUUCAGAAGAACACCCACUACAUGAUGAUCUUCGAUGCCUUUGUUAUCCUGACCUGCUUGUCCUCGCUGGUGCUCUGUGCCAGGUCUGUGAUUCGGGGUCUUCAGCUUCAGCAGGAGUUUGUCAAUUUUUUCCUUCUUCACUACAAGAAGGAAGUUUCAGCCUCUGAUCAGAUGGAGUUCAUCAACGGGUGGUACAUUAUGAUUAUCGUUAGUGACAUACUGACAAUCGUUGGAUCGAUUCUGAAAAUGGAAAUCCAAGCCAAGAGUCUCACAAGCUACGAUGUCUGUAGCAUACUUCUUGGGACUUCCACCAUGCUCGUGUGGCUUGGCGUUAUCCGAUACCUGGGUUUCUUUGCGAAGUACAAUCUCCUUAUCCUGACCCUCCAAGCAGCGCUGCCCAACGUCAUCAGGUUCUGUUGCUGCGCGGCUAUGAUCUAUCUUGGGUAUUGCUUUUGCGGAUGGAUCGUGCUGGGCCCUUACCAUGAGAAGUUCCGCUCUCUGAACAAGGUCUCUGAGUGCCUAUUCUCGCUGAUAAACGGAGACGACAUGUUUUCCACAUUCGCGAAAAUGCAGCAGAAAAGUUACCUGGUGUGGCUGUUCAGCCGCGUCUACCUGUACUCGUUCAUCAGCCUCUUCAUCUACAUGAUCCUGAGCCUUUUCAUCGCGCUCAUCACAGACACGUACGAAACCAUUAAGCACUACCAGCAAGAUGGCUUCCCGGAGACGGAACUUCGAAAGUUUAUUGCUGAAUGCAAAGACCUCCCAAACUCUGGAAAAUACAGAUUGGAAGAUGACCCUCCAGGUUCUUUAUUCUGCUGCUGCAAAAAGUAACUGUUGGGUUUCUCUGUGCCUGGGAGGAAAAUACAGUGUGUGGAUGAGUCAGAGACAAUAUGGAUUAUUGGUAAUCACGCAACAGUGUGUUCAGAUACUAGUGUUCCGAGUUAACUCACAGCUAUGACUUUGCGGGGCCUGUUAAAUAUAUUUUUAAAUAUUUAACGUCUUUUCUGAUUUGAUGAGGGGAGCUGCUAGGUCACUGUCUUAGUCGCUGUAGCUCUCGUUCUCUAACCCCCUUUACCACAUGGCAUGCCUUGCGGCUGCACCGGGAGAUAAGCUUUGGCUUCUCAGAGACUAAUAAUUGCACAUCGGACACUACUGCAUCUUAGAGUCUCUCCUUAGAUGAAGAUGGAACAGUAGAGAGAACCCCAUCACAGCUGUGGGUGGGAUGCUUGGCUCUAAGGACAGCCGUGACUUGACUCUCAUGUUCAUUUAGAAGUUUUUUCUGCCCUUCAGUGUUAAGGUACAAGGUGGGAAGAGAGUCUGUACCCGAAUAAAGUCAAAGAGCCCUCCACGGAGGCAUUUGAUUAAACAGUGAUGGUUUUAUUAGCAGCCAAUUAGCGUUGGAAAAACUGGAGAUACAACAUGCCUUCCAUAGGCCCAUACAGGCUGGGCAAACCCAUUUGGGGUCAGGAUUUGUGGCUCUAUGGUUUGAAGUUUGAGAGAACCCAUGUGCAAAAUUUUAAAGUGAAUACAUGUAGCUUGAAAAGGCACAAAAUUAGGCUCUACAUUUCGUAGUUCUUUAAUAAAAAUUAUGGGGAAUUUGGUGGUAUAAUAUUAUUUUGUGUACUAUUUAUCCAUGUAGAUAUCAAUUCAUUUAUGUAUAAUAAGGACUUUAUAAAAGUGCCUUUCAAAAACGAAUAAAGAUUUUAACAUUUUACUGUCGCACCAGAGACCUCAUGAAGACACACAGAUAACAUGUUUGUUUUGUAAUUUAUUAGGAUGUGACAUGUAUUUUAAAACUGUGUUGAUUAUC